GAUGUUACCACUGGCAAAAGCGCCAUUUUAGAUAGUUUUGUUUGUCAUCCUAGUUUUCUCUUUAACGAGAAACAAUUUUUUCGGGAUAGUUUGUCCAAAAAACAUUUAAAAGUAGGAUCGAAAGUUCCUGAAGUAUGCCCGUUAAAGUGGACCCCACUUUACCACCGCCAGCGAAUUCUAAGCAACCCGGAAUAACAAAGAGUUUGCUCUAUAAUGGCUCGAGAUUCCAAGGAUUUCAAAAGAGUAAAGGAAAUUCUUAUGAAGUUGAAGUAGUUUUACAGCAUGUCGAUGAAGAAAAUUCAUAUCUUUGUGGAUACUUACAAAUAAAUGGCUUAACAGAAGAAUUUCCGAAGUUAACGACGUUUUUUGAUGGCGAGAUAAUUAGUAAAAAGUAUUCAUUUUUAACGAGAAAGUGGGAUGCCGAUGAGGGAGUAGACAGAAAACACUGGAGUAAAUUCUCACAGUUUAGUCAAUAUGUUAAAACAUUUAAUACUGAUACAUUUGACUAUAAUCAACUCACAGACACUGACUAUGUGUUUAUGAGGUGGAAGGAACAUUUUUUAGUUCCCGAUCAUACUAUUAAAGAUAUUAGUGGAGCCAGUUUUGCUGGCUUUUAUUAUAUUUGCUUUCAAAAAUCGAAAGCUACAAUUGAAGGAUAUUAUUACCAUCGAAGUUCAGAAUGGUAUCAAUCUUUAAACUUAACCCAUGUGCCUGAGAACUCAAUACAAAUCUAUGAAUUUAGGUAAAGUUUUUAAGGAAGCUAUAAAUAUAAGUAAAAGAGAAUGUACAGUAUAUAUGCAAUAACAGUGCUGUUUUAACUUUUAUUCAACACAUAGUAAUUUGUCUUUAAACUCUUCUGAAAUGUAAAAAAUGUCUUGCAUUUGUUUGGAAUAACAGUAUUUUAUCAAAUCUCAUGUUAGAUUUAGUUUAAAAAAAAACAUGCUUUAAUUUGGAUAAAAGACCAAAAUUUACAUUAAAAUGGUGAUACUUAAGUUUCUUCCAAAGGACUGAUUUAAAUAUUUUUUUAACUUAACUGAUUCGAGUUUUUGAAAAAAACUCCUGACAAAAUAAUGUAAUUAUUUUUUUUUGUAUAUUUAUGUAUAAAAUCUUGUUAGAUAUAUUUUUGAAUUAUUGUUUUUAACUGAUUUUUUUCUUUAUCAAAAAUAUAUAAAAUAAAGUUUUUAUGAAUUU